CCCGGAAAUACCAGCUGACCCACCGACCGCAGAGUUCAUCUGCAUGUGCUUGCCUGAUGUAGCUGAACGGCACAUGCCAUGGAUGCUCCUCUGCAGGAGGUGCCAGGGUAUUCCAUCCCUGGUACCUUCUAUAGCAGUGUUCCCUCCACAAAUUACGAGGUGCCUCCGACUCGAGGAAUCUUGGUCGACAGCAGCUACGAUCGCCCCGGUGCCUAUGGACUGUACUCGACGCCCUCCACUCGAUACGAGGUGCCUCCCACGGCGGAGGCUCCGAUGACCUAUGCUGCCCCGGCCGUGGCCGCUGGAGCUUAUGGAGCGACGCACAUGACGCCGGUGAGCACCUUCUCGAACCUCUCUUCGACGAAUGAGGCUUCGAUGACCUAUGCUGCGCCCGAGCUUCGCUCGCCCAAUCCCUACGGCACGGCGCCCGCCUCGCCGGAGCCCACGGUGGGGCUGGACGCCACGGCGCACGCGUUCGCUCGCAGCCCCGAGCCGAUCUCCGUGGCGCUGCGAUCACCGGAGGCCACGACGCCCCCGCCGCGGGGCUCCGAGACGCCCACGACGUUGCUGGGCGCGACGCCCCUGACGCGGACGCCGCAGCCGAUGGCCUCCUGGGCGCCGCCGUCCGUGGCGUCCUUCGCGCCGCCGUCCGUGGCGCCGGGCACGGCGCGGGGGCCGCGGUCGGUGCGGCAGGUGCCAAUGCCGAGCCGGAUCAUGAAGGACCACGAGAACGCCACGGUCACACAGCACCACGCGAUGGUCAUGGCAAGUAAGGAGCAGGCGCCUCCCGAAGUGCAUUCAAGCCGCACGCGGGAGGUGGAUGGUGCAGCACAGGUGACGCAAGAGCACCGGCAGCAGGUGGUGAAUGGUGAUGUGCACGAGCAGGUUGUCGAGGUGCCAAACGUGCAAGUUCAGGAGAUCGUCCAGGAGAUCCCUGAGGUGCAGAUUGUUGAGAAGCUGGUCGAGGUCCCUCGUAUAGUGAAGCAGCCGCUGGAGCACGUGGUGGAAGAGAUCAUUCACGUGCCCAAGGUGGUGACGCAGGAGCGCCUGCGCCAGCGCCCCGUGGAGCAAUUCGUGGACAUCCCCGUGCCGAUGCCGCAGGAGGAGAUCGUCCACGUGCCUGUGAAGGAAUAUCAAGAUCGCCAUCAUCAUGUGGAGGUCGAACAGUUCAUUGACGUCCCCGUGCCCAUUCAACAAGAAGAAGUGGUGCAAGUUCCUGUGGUGGUGCCGCAAAAGCGUAUCGUCCAACAAUCUGUGGAGCAAACCGUUGAGGUGCCCGUUUCAGUCACUCAUGAGGAGAUCGUGCAUGUGCCGCGGGUGGUCUAUCAACAUCGCCAUCACCAUGCUGAAGUGGAGCAGGUGGUGGAUCUCCAUGUGCCGCACCACAUCGAAGAAACCGUGUCAGUGCCCAAGCUGAUCCAAAAGGAACGACUGAUCCAUCAGAAUGUGGAGCAGAUCGUCGAGGUGCCAGUGCCCAUACCGCAAGAGACGAUUGUGCAGGUUCCGAAGGUGACCUUGCAAGAGCGUAGCAACGUGGUACAUGUGGAGCACGUGAUCGAUAUCCCGGUGCCGCACACCGUGGAGGAAGUGGUCCAGGUGCCCAUUGUCCAAGUGGAGGAGAAGUUCGUGCAAAACCCCGUGGAGGUCACCGUGGAGGUGCCGCGACCGGUGAUCUUAGAGAAGACGAUCGAGGUGCCCAAGCUUCAGAUUGAGGAGACCAUCGUCAAGGUGCCCAAGAUCACUCAAACGGUGGAGCACUUGACCUUCCAGGAUCAGAUCCAGAAGAUCGAGGUGGUGAAGCCGCAGAUCAUCCAACGGACCAUCCAACGGAAGAAGCCCAUUGUGCAGGAGAACAUCACCGAAGUGCCCAAGGUGACCAUUGAGCAUGUCCCUGUGGAGAAGGUGGUCAAGAAGCCGGUGGACGUGCCCCAAAUCCAGUACGUGGACAAGAUUGUGGAUGUACCCGUGAAGAAGCAGCGCCAUGUGCCGGUGGUGCAGAAGGUGCCCAAGUUAGUGGAGGUGCCCACACUGGAGUACGUGGACCACGUGGUGCACGUGCCGGUCCCUACGCAUCGGCAUGUGCCCGUGGUGCAGGGGGUGACCAAGCAUGUGGAAGUGCCCGUGGUGCAGUAUGAGGAUGAAGUGGUCCACGUGCCGGUGCACAAGCAGGUGCACGUGCCGAUGGUGACGAAGGUGCCGCGAACGGUGGAAGUGGAGCAGGUGGAAUAUGUGGACCACCACGUGCACAUCCCGGUGCAGACCCAUCGCCAUGUUACGGUCGAGAAGCGCAUGCAGAGGACGGUCGAGGUGCCGCAGAUUGAGUACGUGGACAAGGUGGUGCCGGUGCCGGUGCAGAAGCACGUGCACGUGCCGCACAUGAUGCCGGUGGAGCGGCAAGUGGAAGUGCCACAGGUGCAAUAUGUGGACAAGGACAUGGAGGUGCCCGUGCCGGUGCAUCGGCAUGUGCCGGUGGUCUCGAAAGUGCAGAAACAGGUGGAGGUCCCGGUGAAGGAGACAGUGGAGAAGGUCAUUGAGGUGCCGGUGGUGAACCAAGUGGACGUCCCUCAGGUGCAGACGGUGGAGAAGAUCGUUGAGGUGCCCAUCGUGCAAGAGGUGCAGAAGGUCGUGGAGGUGCCCGUCGUGGGCGACGUGGUCCGAGGGCAGCAGCAGCGCACCCAAGUGGAUCUGCCGGUGCUCCGUCGGGAGGCGCCUCCCGAAGUGCGCACGGAGGUGGUGCAAGGCCCCCCCAUGGAGCCAGAGUAUGUCAAGGGUCUGGUGACCGGACAUGGCACUGCUUGCCUUUCCGCGUGCGGCUUGGGCAGCACUCCUUCAUUGCCCAGUGGGGCUGUGGGCUCCUUUGCGGCCAUGGGCAGCGGCUCGCUCACUCCAGUGAGUUCCUUUUGGCAACGGACGAAUGCGGGAAGCCCCUGCUCCAGCCCCAUCUCCAGGGGAGCUGGAUAGUGGCGGAGGACCCGAAUGGAAGGGCGGGCCCGGACCUCCGUUUUCACACUCUGGCCGAUUCUCACACGUGAGGGAUGUAUGGCAUUUUCACCACCGGCACGACCACUGAGUCACCAGAUUGAGACCUUUCUAAUCCGAGGGAUCAAUUCUUUGGGACUGGGGGUCAUGUGAAGCAGCUGUGGAGCCGUCGUUGGAAGAUGCCAAGCCAAGGAAAAACGCACCGCCUGCGAACAACGCACGCACCGGUGGAGCCCAUGUUCGGUGGUCCGACCCUUUGGUGAUGUGGGGAGCCUGCUCCAUCACUCCGAACGAAAGAAUCCACGAAGCUUCGUGGGUUCCACCGCCAGCUGUUUGCGAUGUCCAUCCGAACAUGGGGGCUGGCUGGGUGAAGCAGCUAGCUUGUUCAGCACUUCAGGGAGUCUACUUUGAGACAGCUAGCCCUUCAGAGAGUCCGCAAACACCCGGGAUUUUGAGACAUCUCAGUGAUGCGAUCCGCACCGAGCUGCAACCGUGUCCGUCCCGAAAAGCCGCGGGCGAGAGAAGCAGGUCGUUUCAUGUGAAGACGUCGACCUUGCUUCCGAACAAUGCCGCUGCAGACGGUGGGGUGCAACUCGCACGGUACGUACUUCGGGGAGACGGGAUGUGCUGUGAGAUGUGGAG